AUGAAAUUGCCCCACGAGCGCCUUUGGGCUCCCGGUACAUUGCUCAACCAGUCCGGAAUGCAAACUGUCAUAGAACUUGGCGAUGGAAAGACGGUCCGUCGGCACACGGAUCAUGUGCGUCCGCGCUCGGCCAAUAGGGUCACUGUUGAAGACGCCAAUGAGAGUUUGGAAAAUGACGAAGAAACAAACAGUGACACUACACAAGCCCUGUCCGGUUGUGAUGAACCGAUUGCGAUCCGCAAGCCCACUUUUUCACCAAAACCAAUUGACCGUUUCGUUCCCGGGCGACGAUCAAAGCUGGAUUGGGGGGAGAUGUUGCAUACGUGCGUGUGGCUUAAGUGCGUACGUUCUGCCAGUCUGCGCAUCGAUAAUUUGCUCGUUCCAGAGACGUUAUCGAAUGAUAUCUACUCAGAUCGAUCAACCUCUCGCACAUGCCUAUGCCGGCGAACAUGGACCCGAUCCUGA